AUGGCGGAGGCGAGGCUCGCCCCGAUGACGGAGAGGAAGCAGACGCUCGCAGCUCGGCUACUGACGAGAGCGCUGGCGCUCCCUCCGAACGACCCCCUGCGAGCGACAGCUGAGGCCGCGGCCCCGGCGCGCCUGUCCUCGGUCAGAGGAUGGAGGUCACUGGGCCGCCAAGCCUGGGCCGAUGCAGGGAUCUCGGCACCGAUCGAGCCGAUUCUCCCACCGAGAGUACCACCAUGGGAGCAGCAGGGAGCGCGCAUCUCCUUCACACUGGACGUCGGCCCGCUGAGGACAGGUGCGACGGCGGAGGAGAGGGAGAGGACUGCCGCCCAGCACCUAGCAUCCCUACCACAGUGCGCGGUGUGGAUGUGGUCGGACGGGUCCGCGGAGGGCGGCACAAGGAACGGAGGGGCUGGAGCAGUCAUCAUGUGGCCGGAUGAGGAGGUACUGGAGCUAAGAGCUCCGGCGGGUGAUUUCUGCUCCAGUUACCGUGCAGAAAUGCUCGCCUUAGUUACGGGCCUGGAGACCCUAACAUCACGCACCAAAGAUAGCGACCUACCACUGAUCAUCUGCUCCGACAGCAUGUCGGCACUGGCGACCCUGCGGAAUGGCCCCGCCGCCCAGACGUCACCGCUGGGGACGGCGGCCUGGAGAGCUCUACUGCAGCUAGCCAAAGAUGGUCGAGAAAUCAGGGCCCAGUGGGUCCCUUCUCACUGUGGCAUACACGGCAAUGAAGAGGCGGACAGAGUGGCCCGGGAAGCAGCCCAGCUCCCUCAAGAAAGGACGCCCAUCGACACGAGGACGAUCACCAGUACCGUGGCGAGAAUGGCUAGGGACAAUACAAUCCAGUCCUGGCCCCCCGGCUGGUUCAAGUCUCUGAUGGGCGACCGCCGGCCCCCGUCCACGGCCGGCCUGGAACGGGAGAGCGCGGUAGAAGUCCACCAGAUCCGCGCGGGCCACUGGGCAGGCUCAAGAGCCUACCUACACCGGAUCGGUCGCUCCCCUACCAGAGACUGUGAGGGAUGCAACGACGACCGGUGCGAUGGAGCGCGCUGCCCCAUCUGCGGCGAGGAGGCGGACCGGCCGGCCCACAUUCUCCUUCGCUGUCCCGCUCUGAUGAGGACCCGCCUACAACUCACCGGCAUUAUCCAUCCGGACUUGGAGGAGGUCCGGGAGACCAGAGUGGUGGCGGCCCUGGCGGCCGCCGCCCGCAACUUCCAGAGCCGCCUGGCUACGCCCCGAUGA